AUGACAGUCGUACAACGAGCGACACGAGUGCUUCUCUCUGCGCGCCCCCCAGCGAGCGGGGUUGUCGCUGCAUCCUCCUCCAGUGUGCCAGCCACGAGGAUGCUCUCCACAGCCGUCCUCCCGCGAACCACAUCCUUGGUCGCAGCACCACGCUCUUCGGCCCUCUCCGUGCAGCAGCGCCGACUCAAAUCCAAGCGCUCCUCCGCACAGCACAUCGACCCGCACGCAGCCGACGCCGACGAUGUCCCCGUGAUGAAAACCAAAGGCAAGAACUCCAAGUCCUCCCGCGGCGCCGCCCGCUCGUCGGACGAAUACAAAACCACCGUUCGCAACCAGGACCUCCCGGGGGAAGCAUUUGACUUUAACGCCAUCUCCUCGCACAUGUCGCGUGCCGUCGAGCGGUGUCGAACGACCGCUUCCACGCUUGUCAACUCCAUCGGGCGAGCGGACCCUGCACUGCUCGACUCGGUCAAGGUCGAAUUCACCGCCGAGGGGAACAAGUCUUUGCAUCCAUUGCGAGAGUUCGCCACGGUCGGCGUACGGGAUGGCGCACUGAUGGUCACCGCCUUCGACGCGGACAUGAUCAAGCACAUCGAACGAGCGAUCUACACCUCCGGGUCGAACCUCACCCCUCAAUCGACCAACGAGGAGAACGUGCUCCGCGUAGCAGUGCCCCAACCCACAACCGAAAGCAGGCAGGCCAUGGUCAAGGAUCUGACGAGAAUCUGCGAGAAUGCGAGGGUGAGUAUUAGGGAUGCGAGACACAAGGCGAUGAAGCAGGUCAAGAGCGAUGUCGAUGCUAAGGUGGUCGGUAAGAGCGAGGGGGACAAGGAGGGGAAAAAGGUCGAAGCUGAGACCAAGAAGUGGUCGGCGCAGGUGGAUGAGCUGUUUGAAAAGUUGAAGGGGACGUUGUUGGCUGAUAAGUGA